UAUCAUUUUCCGAAGCGGGCUUCGACUACGUCCGUUCUGGUUCUUCCUCGACUGUCCUCGCCAAAAGCCAUAUGUCGCUGUUAAUUUAGCCCCCCCGACCCCCGUCCUCACGAAGACUUCCGCCAGCAGAGAAACACCUUUAGAGGGGGACAACUCGCAACGUUUGGAUUGAAUAUAUUAGGAAACCAAGGCCUAUAACGAAGAGAGAGCGAGGGAGCAAUGGAUAACCAUUAUCACAAUCUGUUCGAGAGGCGCCCUAUUCUCAAGUCCAAGACUCCAGCUGUUACAUGGUUCAAAGAAUGGGUGCCUCAGGAUGUGGUGGCAACAGGUGCAAAGUGCUCACUUUUGAAAUGGGUGACAGAGAACACAUUGAUGGCCUUGAAAGAGAGAGAGAAAGAGCCAGCAGCGCCAGAACCAGAACCAGAACCAACAACUGAAGUCCUUUUUCUUUGCAGUUAUGAAGGCUGUGGAAAGACCUUUAUUGAUGCUAGUGCUUUGAGAAAACAUUCUCAUGUCCAUGGAGAGAGGUCGUAUAUUUGUCAUUAUGAAAAUUGUGGAAAGAAAUUCUUAGACAGCUCGAAGUUGAAAAGACAUUUUCUCAUCCAUACAGGAGCAAGAGAUUUUGUCUGUCCAGUUGAAGGCUGUGGUAAGGCUUUCUCUCUUGAUUUCAACCUGAGGUCACACAUGAAAACACAUUCACAGGAAAACUAUCAUAUCUGUCCAUAUCCUAAUUGUGGAAAGAGAUAUGCUCAUGAGUACAAGCUGAAGAACCACAUUUCAGCUCAUCAUGAGAAGAUUGCAGCUGUGGAUGUGGUGAAAUAUGCCACACCUCCAGAGAAAGUGUCCAAAACUCCGAAGCCUUCUUCAAUAGGGGCUUAUGGAUCUGCAUCAUCUGACCGCCCUUUCACCUGUCCUUAUGAAGGAUGUGAUAAGGCAUACAUCCAUGAAUACAAGCUUAAGCUGCAUCUGAGGAAGGAACAUCCUGAACAUAAGUUUGAUGAAAAUGCUGAGAAUGCUCCAAAUGCAGAUAAUGAGAUGGAUGAAGGCAGUGACCAAGAUGCUUAUGCUGGGAAGCGUGGGAAUGGAAAAAGUCAGAAAAGUAGGCCAAAGCCAAACCAUAAGAUGCCUCCUUCCAAAAUUGCACAACGCAAGGGUUCUACUCCAUCUCCAGUCAUGUUAAAUGUACCGGAAAAACCAUGGCAACCUAAAGAAGAAACUUAUGAGGAAGAGGAUAGUGAGGAAACCGAGGAAGACGGCGACAAUGCUGAGGAUGGAUGGAGGUAUACGGACAACAAUGACGAUGAUGAUGAAGAGACAGAGUAUGAAGAUUAAAGCAUAAGUAUGGCAUUAUUUUCCUUUGCUUUGCUUCGCUUCUGAGUCUUAUCACGCCAUCUGUAAUUUUCCUUCUAAGUUCUCAGAAGUCAGAACCCUCACCAUCCGUAUACAUUUCUCACAAUUUUAAGUUUUGAUGGAAUGACAUUGAGGAAAUUGAGGCUCUCGAAAAACAUCUGUUUUGCAGCACAUAGAAAAAAAAACAUAUAGGGAGUUUGAAGUGGCAAAUUUGGCUGAUAUGUUUCUGAUAUCUUAAAUAGAGUAUUGUUUUAUGCGAAUGGGGUGAGGGCACAAAACCCCAGUUUCUUGGU